AUGCGUCAGCAGGACUUUUCACAGGCAGCUGCCAAGCUUGCAGAAAAAAAAGCAGACUCCACUAGCGCCUUCGCCCAGCGCAGCAUUCAGCCAAACAAACGCUGCGGAGACUGUAAAGGGAGAUGCCUCGCUGCCCGGGAACCCCCCCGGAGCGUGGCGCUAAGCGACCCGUUCUUUAACGGCAGCCGCUCUUCGUGGAUGUCCUUCCCGCCCGUGGGCGUCAGGCGCAGGACGGAUGUGAAGAUGGAGUUUAAGACUUUGUCACCGGAAGGCAUCCUGUUCUACGUAGCGCAGCAUCUCAGCCCUCGAGCAGGUGACUUCUUCAGCGUGUCGCUGAGCGCCGGGUUCCUGCAGCUGCGCUACAACCUGGGCGACAGAACCGUGACGCUGCGUUCGGAGGAGCGGGUGGACAGAAACGGCGGCGCCUGGCACGCGGUGCGAGCGGGCAGAGCCGGACGCCGAGGAUACCUAGCGCUCGAUGGGAAAGAGGCGGAGGCCGAUUUUGAGGAGGGAAUGACGGCACUCGAUGUCGGAACGCACAUCUUUGUGGGGGGCGUUCCCGCUCUGGAUGCUGUCUCCAGAGGCGCCGUGGAGAACGAGCCCGCAGGAUUCAGCGGGUGCAUCCGCGAGGUCGUAGUGAACGGCCGCGAACUGGAGCUGACCGAGAAAGGGGCGUUGGGCGGCGCCGACGUCGAGGACUGCGACGGCACAGCGUGCGGCCACAGGGUGUGCAGGAACGGCGGCCGAUGCGACCCUGUGGGCACCGAGGCCUUCAGAUGCGCUUGUCCUCCUCUCUGGAGCGGCCCCACAUGCGAACGGUCGGUGUACUGCCUGAACAACCGUUGUCAGCACGGCGCCUCGUGUAUUCCUAACGUCACCGCGGCGUCGUACACAUGCGCGUGCUCUUUGGGAUGGGAAGGGAGGCACUGUGAGAUGAUGAGCGCCACGAUGGCUGCUAGCUUUGCAGGAAGUUCAUAUCUGAGAUACGUAGACCCUCAGUAUCAUCUAAGGAACCUGACCUACACCGAGGUUUCCUUUAAUUUCACCAGCAGUUCGAGCGACGGGCUGAUUCUGUGGAUGGGGAAGGCGGAAGAUGACGACGACGACUAUCUAGCAGUGGGUCUUCAAGACACCCAUCUGAAAAUUGGCAUCAAUCUUGGGGAAAGGAUUUCGGUCCCUUUUGUCCUGAGAAGCACUAGAGCGUGUUGUGAUCAAUGGAAGAGCGUGUCGGUCAUUCACAACAGGACGGUCAUACAAGUGUUCCUCGAUGGGGACAGGGUGCUCUUUGAGGACGUGGACCCUUACGAGACUUAUGUCGCCAUGAAUUACGGCGGUGUGUGUUACCUGGGGGGUUUCGAAUCGCACAGGCAGACAUGGGAAGUAACACACGGCUUGUUCUCCAAGGGUUUUGUAGGACAAGUGAGAGACUUGAACAUCUAUGGGGAGAAAGUGUACGGUUAA